AUGCCGGUGAUACCAGGGAAGAGCGCAACCUAUGACUACGUGGUGAUUGGAGGGGGCACAGCUGGGUUGACGAUAGCCACUCGUCUGGCACAGGAUUCGUCUCUAUCUGUUGCUAUAGUCGAGGCCGUCGGAUUCUACGAAGUCGAUGGCGGCAACGUCAGCGUGGUCCCCUUUUACGGGAGCCAAGGGACCUCUAAUCCAUUGCUGAAUUGGCAAUUCAUGACCACACCCCAGCCCUCGUUACUUAAUCAAACUUAUCACUACGCGCGAGGCAAGACUUUGGGAGGUUCGAGUGCCCUGAACUUUAUGAUCUACCAGAGAGCAACGGUCGAUUCAUUGCAGAAAUGGGCAGACGAGAUCGAUGAUCAAUCUUACACCUCUUACCAAAAGUCGACGAAUUACACGUAUGCCAAGGUCGAUCUCCGUAUAAGGAAUGCUACAGUUGCCAACGACACUGGUGCUUUUGUUGCUGGCGCAGGUCCGCUUCAUGUUAGCUAUCCAAAUUAUGCCAAUCCUCUAGGGACUUUCUAUCCCGCUGCCUUUGAAGAACUCGGCUUAUCUCCUUUGCCUUAUGGCGUGAACACCGGACCAUUAAUUGGAUAUGCUUAUUCAACGGUCACCGAAAAUCCGGAAGACGAGACUCGGAGCUCUUCGCAGUCAUCUUUCCUUGAUUUUGCGAUUACUCAUACUAAUUUGACUAUAUAUACUAAGACGAUAGUAGAAAAAAUCCUUUUCGACAAUCUCAAUUUGGCUCGUGGAGUCAAUAUCAAGACGGAUAACACCUCGUUCACUCUUUUUGCUCAAAAGGAGAUUAUCUUAUCUGCAGGAGCAAUACAAUCUCCACAAUUGCUUAUGGUCUCCGGUAUUGGCCCUGCCAAAAUUCUCCAGCAAUACAACAUCCCAAUAAUUGCCGAUUUGCCAGGGGUCGGUCAGAACCUGCAUGACAAUCCUGCAUCUAUCGUUCUGUACAACUCUCCUUUUGUUUUAGAUGCCGCUCAACUUGCUACAGCAGUAGUUCCCUAUGAAGUUAAUCACACUGGCCCGUACACGAACCCAGGAAGCGAGGUCAUUGGUUGGGACAAAGUGUCAACGAAGAAGUUUUCCAACCUAAGUUUAUCGACCAUCGCUUCUUUAGCCGAAUCUUUCCCACCUGAUUGGCCCGAAGUCGAAUUCGUGGCUAAUGGAGUUGAUUCUCUUGUCAUGUCAUACGGCCGACAUUCCCCUGCACAACCUAUUGGUACAGUGUUCUCUAUCUUAACAACUUUUUCACGUGGCAAUGUCACCAUCUCGUCCGACUCCAUGGACAACCCGCCGCUCAUUAAUCCAGGCUGGUAUUCCGACCCCAGAGACCGCGAGAUCGGUAUUGCUUCAUUUCGUUACAUCCGGGCGCUGGAAGCCACGGAAUCUCUCAAGGAGCUCUUAGUCGAUGGCGAACUAGUCCCUGGAGAUUCCGUACAGACUGACGAGGAGAUCUGGGAAUACAUACAGAAGGGCACUACAUCUCUUUCUCAUGCUUCAUGUACUAAUAAGAUGGGCAAGAGUGACGACAAAAUGGCAGUCGUGGACUCGGACGCAAAAGUGUACGGAAUCAAGAACUUAAGGGUGGUGGAUGCUAGUUCUUUUCCUUUUCUGGUUCCGGGACAGCCUCAGAGUAUGGUGUAUGCACUUGCUGAAAAGAUCGCAGACCGUAUUUUGAACCCUUAG